AUGGUGUUACAGCCAGCAUCUACUAAGCUUCGUUGUCAAGGGACACAGGAAUUCCUUUGUCUGGUCACUGGUCUAACGGGAUUACAGCCAACAACUGCUAAGCUUCGUUGUCAAGGGACACAGGGAUUCCUUUGUCCGGUCACUGCUCUAAUGGGGUUACAGCCAACAACUACUAAGCUUCCUUUUCCAGGGACACGGGAAUACCUUCGCCUGACCACUGCUCCAAUUGGAUUACAGAUUUUAGCAUACUGUCUAUAUGAUGACGUCACAGACGUGGAUGGAAACGUCAGAAGAGUUCGAGUACGCAGCAGCUAUGCCGACAUUGCAGAGGAUUGCUGGAAGGGAUUUGGUCGUAAAAUGAUUAUAAUUAUACAAUUGAUUUAUGUGACUGCUGUUGCAACACUUUAUCUUGAACUCUCGGGAUUUAUUUUGGUGGAAACAUUUCCUCAAGCUGGAAUUUCUGAGCUCGGGUGGACAUUACUCUCCACUAUAUUAGUUUUGCCAACGAUUUUUCUGCGUACAUUAACGCGAAUUUCUUGGUCAAGUAUGUUAGCUGUGAUGGCUGUGUCUACCAUGUUUGGAAGUGUUCUGGCAUAUUCAAUCUAUGAAAUGAAGAAAGAGGGAUGGGAAUUUACUCUAGACCACAGAGUGACUAUUGAAUCAUUUACCACUUGCUGUGGCGUUCUUCUGUUUAACUUCGAAGCGAGUUUUGCUAUCGCGGGUGUUGAAGAGAGUAUGCGAGAUAGAUCAAAGUUUGCCAGGAUGGUGAACUUGAGUUACGUCUUCUGCACAUUCUUUCUUCUGUUAUAUUCGAUCCCACCAUACAUUGCGUUCGGUGACAACACGAAAGAAUUUAUCACCUACAAUUUGCCUAACAACGCCAUUCACACAAUU